AUGGACUCCCUGUGGAAUAUAGUUACUCGUUCCCAGGGUUUCUCUGCUCAAGAAGACGACCCACCACGACAACAAACAACACAACACAGUAAGAUGGACGUUGCAACACAAGCGUUUAAAAAUGCAGACUCCUAUGACAGUGCAAGAAAGGGGUACCCAAUCAACUCAGCCAAACUAUUCCUCUCAAAGCUACAAGAAACACCCAAGCAAUUUAAUGGCAACAACAAUAAAGACAGAACAAUUUUAGAACUUGGUGCAGGAACAGGACAGUUUAGUAAGGUCCUUGUUGAAGCUACUAAAGAAACAGAUUUCACAGUAGUAUCAAGCGAACCUUUAGAAUCAAUGGGAAAAGUGUUUCGGAAGAGCCUCCCUAAUGUAGAACUGAUCUGCUGUAGUGGGGACAAGAUUCCUUUGCCUGAUAGCAGCAUUGACGCAGUCGUAGCUGCAAAUACACUGCACUACCUUGCCAAUGUUGAAAGCUUCACAGAGAUUGCUAGAGUGUUAAAACCUGGUGGAAUCCUUGCAUUUGUUUGCAACUAUGUUGACAUACAAAAAGUUCCUUGGGCACAAGCAAUCUAUGACCUGUCAGCCAAAUUUUACAGUCGAGUAGGCAUUAAGCUUUCAUUUGAUGAAAAUGGUAUCACAAAUGACUGGGAGAAAAUGGCCUUAAAUACUGGUUUUUAUCAAAAAGUGCAAAAAGAUUUCUUCUUUCACAGUGAUAACAUCACUGAAGAAGAAACAGUGAGAAUGUUCAUGUCGUAUGGAGCUUUUUAUCACUGUGAUGAGACAGAAAGAGAAGAUGUGAGGAGCACUUGCGAAAAUAUAUUAAAAGAGAAUUAUAGUGGAGCUGGGAAGACAAUGACUGAGAUCCCGAUGAGGUGUAGUUUAUAUUGGAUGGAAAAGAAAUAAGCAACGAAAGCAAAAGAAACAGUCGUAAUAACUUAAUCUAAGUUAUAAUCUCAUCAUUGAUGAUUAUUCUUUUUUAAACAUGGAUAAUUCUAUUGAAUUAAUUCUAACACAGGUGAUUGUUUUCUUUGAAACUUGAGGUAUAAAGAAUUGAAAAGGCCAGUUAACACUGGCGAUUUUUGCUGCGAUUUUCAAAAAUAUGAUAUUUCUCUUUUGUCUUACCUUUGUUAGCACAACUCUGUGUACUGACUUUGCUAACUUUAAAAGUUAAUU